UGGACAUAGUUUUUCUGAAGGCAGGGGGACCAUUCGUUUCUUGUUACUCAUCUCUCCCUCCCGAUUAUUUCCGUCAUUAAUUGGGCUAAUUUAUUGUUUUGCGGGCGGGGGACAUGAGGGAAAUUAAGUUAACACUCUGCAGGGUAGUAAUUUAUGCAUCACACUUUGAUAGUUGAGGUGUGUCAUCACUCACCGUGUAAAACAAGUUUGCAAAAACAUGGUGAACGUGCACAGAAAUGCAUAAUUACGUAGAGCUUAGCGUGCCUCUGCAUAUGGGGAUUCUCUCUGAGCCGUAUGUCUCUUGAGUUGGAUAUCGCAGCGAAGAGAAUCCAGGGCAUGUUAUGGAUAUCAGAAUAUUCUGGGAUUUCUGGAAGCCAGAGAGAAUCGGUGACCGUGACCGUACCUGGGAUUGCCUUAUUCUGGAGUACUGUACGCCCAAGGUGGAUUAAUGCCUUACCAAAUGUGGUUUUGCUCUGUUAUUUUAACAGCAUUGCAGUGUUGAAUUAAGACACAUUUAUUGGUAAUUGGAUUAUUGAAAUGGGUGGUUUAGGAACAGUUCAUUCUUUCCGUGAUCUGGAAACCUCUGGAUGAUAUUCUCUGGAUUCCUAAUCAAACUGGAUUAAUACUACCUAUACAAGGAUAUUCUAUACCUACCUUGCUGUUUUUUGGGAUUAUGCAUGGUGUUAGGGUUUUGCUGGUAAUUACAUGGGGUACUUUGGCCAUUGAUCAACAUGGUAGAAUGUGACAGAAACACAGUGAGCAAAUCUAUUUAUUUAUUCAUUUCUUAUUUCUAAACCAUUUAAGUUCAUUUUUGCCUUUUUUAAAACUCCAAAUAAUAAAAGAAUGGAUUUAUAGUAAUAUACGUUCCAAUUUGGAAAAGUGUACUGUUUUUUUGGAUCAACAAAUUAAAGCAUGGAGGUAUUGCUGUUGUGGGGCUGCAUAUUAUUCAACUUGGAUGUUAAAAAUCCCAUUGGAUUACAAAGCCCCAUACUGGAUCUAGAAGGACUAUGGAUACAGUGCUGUCAAGAAGAGACGCAACAAAAAUUGGAACCUUUCUGCUCAUGGACUAUUCCUGUGCCAGUGGAUUAUUGAUCUUCUUCCAGACAUCAGUCAAGAUUCCAGUGGGAUUUGUAAAACAAGAAGACAACUCCCAUAUUUCCAGAGAUGACUUGGAUUACUCACAACAGUUAGAACAUUGUUACUUUGUUUUGGUGGCACGUCUGGAAACGUCUUUUCAACAUCCUAAAGAAUGUGGUUGUACUGUAGGAUUCAAAAUAAAGCACCAGAGAUUUUUUUUAUCUACGCCGAGAAGAGGGAUUUAGUAGCUCAAAGGCACCAUGAAAAGCUUUUUGCAGUUCUUCAAAUAUCGAGAGAGAGAAUUUGUUUCAAAGGACUUCUAAAUGAAGAACAGAAAUGAUGCUGUGAAGAGAAACAAUGCUGUGGAUUUAUUACGUUUUUGGACUUAAAUCUUCAUACUGUUUUUUGACCUGUAUGGGGAUUCUUGUAUUGGACUUGAACUGGACAUCCUCCCUCCUAACUAUUACCUCCGUAUGCUUUUCCCAGAUAACAACGUAAUUUUUUUUAAGAUCCAUGGAUUCUUUUUGGCUGAACUAUUAUGUUGGAUCCUGAAAAAUAAGGAUUACUUCGUUGAUUUUUUUCUUACCAUUUUUACAUUCUACAUUUUUAACCCCCUUUUUUGCUCACAAAGUUCUGUCUCCCUAAAUUGUAUUUGGAAUUGUAGGUCGGGUUACCGCUGUCUUAAAAGGACGACAGACAGUCGGGAGCGCUCUUACGAUCACAGUGCCUAUGGACACCAUGAACGCAGCACCAACAGCAGUAGUUUUGAUCGCCCACGCCACUAUGAGACUGAUUAUUACAGAGACUCAAGGGACCGGGCCCUCAGUGGAGCCAGUGGAAGUGGCAGUUCUGCCAGUGGCAGCAUUGGAGGGAGCUCCUCCGGGGCCAGCGCAGGGGGCGGUGGGAGCGUCACGGGAAGCAGCAGUGCUGGUGGCAGCGUCAGCGCUGCCGCAGGAGUAGGAAGUGGAGCGUCAACACCAGGAGCUAUAGUCUACUAUGGUUCACGGAGUCGAAGCCCCAGUCGUUUUGAGACUACAGAGACUCGGUACGAGCCCCGUGCGAGGGAAUCUUUCACUUUGGCCAGUGUGGUCCAUCGGGAUUUAUACAGAGAUGAAAGAGGGAGACGAGGAGAAAGGACAUACCACCACAGUCGAAGUGGUUCACCACACUCUUCACAAUCACACAAUCCAUCACCGCAGAGGCUGGCGAGUCAGGCCGCACGGCCGGCGCGUUCCCGCAGCGGCUCAGGAUCCCGCAGUCGCUCCUCCAGCUCUGAUUCAGUCAGCAGCACCAGCAGCAGUGGCAGCGGCAGCAGUGAUUCCAGCAGUAGCUCCAGUGAUCGUUCCCCAGCUCGUUCUGUACAGUCCACAGCGGUUCCCGCUCCUUCUGCUCAACCUCUACCUUCACUAGACAAAGAUGAACCUCGCAAAAGCUUUGGUAUUAAAGUGCAGAACCUCCCUGUGCGCUCAACAGAUACAAGUCUAAAGGAUGGUCUCUUCCAUGAAUUCAAGAAGCAUGGCAAAGUGACAUCAGUUCAGAUUCAUGGUGCCUCCGAGGACCGAUAUGGAUUGGUGUUCUUUCGCCAGCAAGAGGACCAAGAAAAAGCCCUGAGUGCAUCUAAAGGAAAGCUGUUUUUUGGGAUGCAAAUUGAUGUCACUGCUUGGCAUGGCCCAGAAACUGAGAGUGAGAAUGAGUUUCGGCCUUUGGAUGAACGUAUAGAUGAGUUUCACCCCAAAGCAACAAGGACAUUAUUCAUUGGAAAUUUGGAGAAAACGACAACCUAUCACGAUCUGCUAAACAUAUUUCAGCGUUUCGGAGAGAUUGUUGAUAUUGAUAUCAAAAAGGUAAACGGAUCACCCCAGUAUGCCUUUCUCCAGUAUUGUGACAUAGCGAGUGUCUGCAAAGCAAUCAAAAAAAUGGAUGGUGAAUACCUUGGCAACAACAGGUUAAAGCUUGGGUUUGGCAAGAGUAUGCCUACUACAUGUGUGUGGUUAGAUGGCUUGGCCUCGAAUAUUACCGAGCAGUAUCUUACAAGACACUUUUGUCGUUAUGGACAUGUUGUAAAGGUUGUGUUUGACCGACUGAAGGGAAUGGCCCUCAUCUUAUAUAAUAAUAUAGAGUAUGCGCAGGCCGCUGUCAAGGAAACAAAGGGUUGGAAAAUUGGAGGAAAUAAAAUUAAGGUUGACUUUGCCAACCAGGAAAGCCAGAUGGCUUUCUACCGUUCAAUGCAGGCAUCUGGACAGGAUAUAAGAGAUUUCUAUGAAAUCAUUUCUGAACGACGAGAUGAGCGCCGGCCGCCAUAUCAUGAGUUCACAACUGACCGGACAUACUAUGAGAAUGUGCGUACCCCAGGCUCCUACACAGAGGAUCCACGUCGAAAAUAUCCUGGCAGAGGUCGAGAAUUUUAUUCAGAAUGGGAUCCUUACCAGGGGGAUUACUAUGACCCACGAUACUAUGAUGACCCCCGUGAAUACAGGGAUUAUCGAGACCCCUAUGAGCAAGAUAUUCGGAAAUACAGUUACUUGCAAAGAGAGCGUGAAAGAGAAAGGGAGCGUUUUGAAACAGAUCGUGAACGAGACCAUGGUCGACGAACAACUGAACCACAUAAUCAAAGCCCAUCCCAUUCACGUCGGCCUGCCAGCCCUGCUGCUUCCCCGUCCAUUUCAGAACGUCCACCCAGUGACUCUGAGCAUCUUGUUUACAGUCACUCAUCUGAGCGAAGUGGCAGCUGCAGCUCACUAUCUCCACCACGCUUUGAAAAGCCAGACAAAAUUCGUUUGGAAAGGCACAGUAGGAGUGAUAAAUCAGAGAAAGACAAAUCUCUCUUUGAGGCGGAGCGUGGAAGUGGAGGAGAAAAAGAACGUCAUGCUGGCCGUAAAGAGAAAGGAGAGAAGGAUAGAACCGAGAAGCAGAAGUUGAGGAAAUCCAAACUUGCAUCUCCCACUGUUCCAUCAUCAGAAACAGACUUUGAAUUUGACAGGGACAACAGCCCAGAGGCUAGCUUAACUUUGCGAGGGAAAGCCAACAAAUCAUUAAUCAAAGAGAAAGACUCCUCUGGAAAAGGAAAGCUUGAUUUGCUGCCUUGUGUUGUCCAGCUGACAAGAGUAAAAGAGAAGGAAGGAAAGUUAAUAGAAAGUGUCUUCAUUGAGAAACAAAAAACAAAAGCUGUGAGUGAUCCAGUGCGGUCUCCAACCACACCCCCCUCAACUGACCACAAGAGUAUGUCUUUUCGCAUAGAGACUCAAGGUAGAGAUUUCUUUAAGCAAGGAAAACCUCUCAAGGAGAAAAGCUUGGCUAGUCAGGUUGAGAUUGUGGAUAAAGAGAGCAAGGUGAAAAAUAAAAAAUACUUUAAAACUGAUCCAGCAUUUGACACCAUUUCUUCUGUGGAUGCAGACCGCUUGGCUGCACGUAAGAGGCGUUUUGAUGACUCAUUUGGAAAAGCUGAUAAUUUAAGCAGGAAAUGUCAGGAGGAAGAUGAAGGCAAAUUAAGGAGAACCAUUGAUGAUCAUUUGCCAAAAGACACUGAUUACGAUAAAAAGAUUAGAAAAGAAACUCACAAGAGAGAGCAAAAAAUUAAGCCAGAAAGAAUGGCUACUGUUAGUACAACAAAAGAAGAGGUGGACACUAUUAUGUCAGCGGGGCUCAGUCUAGAUCUUCGGUCUCGUCUUGGGGAACCAACUGAAGAGGCAAUUGAUCCCUUAGACUGUCUUGAUCAAAAAACAGAAACUUUUGGAGGUAAUAGUCAACCAAGUUUAAGUCUUGCAGUCUCUGAUGAUGGGAGUGUAGAAAUGGAAUCUUUAAGAGACCAAGAAUCACAGCACUUAAACUACGAAUUACUCUCCACUAGGCUAGAAAUAGAUUCAGAAAGUAAAGAAAGGUUUCUCUUAGAUAUUGAUCACUCACAGAGCUGUAGAAAACAAAUGGAGCAAAACCGUCGCAUGCAACAACUUUUGGAAUGUAAUAAAUCUGAUAAAACUGAAAGCACACCCAGCACUGAUGCAGAGGACUUUGACCGUCGAAGUCUUGUGCAUGAAGUAGGAAAACUACCCCAGGAUGUAACUGGUGAUUCACCACCAAGUAAGCGAAAAAAGUUAGAAGCAUUAGAACUGGACAGUUACCACAGCGUUAGACAGAUAAAUGAUGAACCUGAUAGGAGAUUUCCUGCUAGGACAUCUUUUGCUGAGGAGGACAGAACUGUAUCACAGUUAAUGGUAGAUAAUUCACCAGUGGAGAAAGAAUGCUUUCCCUUUGAGGUAUGUAAAUACAACAUUGAUAAUUCAGUGCGUCAAGGGCCUACAUGCCAAGCAGAGAUUUUAAAAGUUAAAGCAUCAAUGCCUGAUGAGGAGUUUUGUUGGGAGAGCAAUAUUCGGCAAGGCGCAGUGAGACAAAUGAGCUUCCCUACCAGCAUUGUUAAACAGGAAAGUAUACGAAAACGUCCUGAGCAUGAAUUGGAACCUGGGGAGGUUCAGUCAGACUCUGAUGAUGAUAGUGACAGCAGGCACCUUUCAGUAAAGCCAAACUUCUUUAAAAGAGAUCAUGAAGAGAGGUUGGCAGACAUAAAGUCUUCUGAGUCUCUUGAAAAGAACAAGUUCUAUGAAUUUGCAUUAGAUAAGACCAUAACACCAGACACCAAAGCCUUGCUUGAGCGUGCCAAGUCUCUGUCUUCAUCUAGAGAAGAAAAUUGGUCUUUUCUUGGUCAUGAUUCAAAAUUCAAAAACUUUCGCAAUAGCACAGACAAAGAGAAGUCUGAACCCACCCCAAGACCUAUUCCUUCAUGGUACAUGAAAAAAAAGAAAAUCCGCUCUAAUUCUGAGGGAAAGCUUGAUGAUAAAAAGGAUGAUGCCAAACAUGAGGAACAAGAACGACAAGAGCUCUUUGCUUCUCGUUUUCUUCAUAGCUCAAUCUUUGAGCAGGACUCAAGGCGACUUCAACACCUUGAACGUAAAAGUAAUGAUCCUGAAGUAAGACCCAGUAGAGAUAGUAUUAUAUGUGAUCCCCAAUUGAACCAAACUGGAACAAAGGGUUCAGACCUCUCCAAAGAGCCAAAAGUAUUGUUUCAUAGCCGCUUUUUGGAGCUUCAACAACAAAGAGAUAAGAACCAACAGCUGCACCUUUCAGAGAGAGCCAAUGUACCUGAUCAGUUGGACGAAGAGAAGAUAAUGGAGGUAGAGCUUGGGCCUUCCAAUGUAUCAGAAAUUUCCCAAGAAAUGUCAGUAAGUCCAACUACAACAUCCUCUUUUUCCAAAGUUUCUGAGACUUUUGUGCAAUCAGAUAAGCCAGUUUUGCCCUCUAAAUUAACAAACAUAGAUGUUCCAGCAGUCAUGGAUGAGAAGUCAGAAGAUUCUUCAUUAGUUUCUUCUCCAUUAAUUAGCCUAAAGGAGGAGGACAAACCCGUCUCACUAAAUGCCACACCCCUUAAAAUCACGAUUAACGAAGAGUUAACAGUUGCAGAAUCUAAUGAGAAACUGAAUGAGGACAGAAGAACUGUGACAUUAACUGUGGAACAGAGUUUUGAUGUUAAACCACCUACUCCUGGUGCAUCAUUAAAUAAUACUGAGCCAGAAUGUAAUCCCUUACAGGCAUCUUCUGUGUUGAUUCCAGAGGCUAGCCAAACUCAAGAGACUGUGGAGCUUCCAGAAAUCAAAACCGAACCUGUUAGUGAUUCUGUGCACCUGGUUGCAUCCCCACUUGAGGUGGAGUUGCCAGUCAUUGAACCAGAGGUUGAACAGCCACAAACACUAAGGAAACACCCCAAGAGUAAAAAGACAAAAAGUAUCUCACCAGCCACAACACCAACUCCUCAAGUUGGUAACGAGAAACCAGCUACGAGAAAGAGUGAGCGCAUUGACAAAGAGAAGCUAAAAAGAUCACCCAGAGGGGACUCUACAAAACUUAUGACUGAUUCUAGGAACUUGGCAAAAUCUCCUGUUCAUGCUACAGAUUUGGAGCAGGGCCAUGAAUCAAACGUGAACUCUGGGAGAACACGACAGCGGAGGAAUGUGCGGUCUGUUUAUGCAACACCCCAUGAAGGUGAAGCUCCUCAACAAACUGGAAAAGAGACUACAGAACCUCUCCGUUCUACUCGCAAGCGUGGUAGUGAUAAGGAUGCUGCAAUACAACAUAUGGUAAACACACCUGCUCCACACACCAGGAGAGGUCGUCCACCUAAAACUCGCAAGAAAGGAGAGGAUGUGUCACCAGUUAAAGCAGAUCAGACCAAAAAUUCUGAGGGUGAAGACAUUGAAAAUAAAGAAUUAGUUAAUAGUGAAGUUUGUAUAAUACCAGAGGGAUGGCGAUCCCCACGAACUCAAAAGGUGCAUUUGUCACCUGUAAGAGCAGGACAAAGCAGAAAAUCAUUAAAAUUUGAUAAAAUGUCUGAUAGUUCAGAAUUUAAUCAGACAGAUAAAGUAGAGACUGAUAUGCCUGCUUCCCUAGUGCAUCAAGAUGAAGCCAAAGAUGAAAUUCCAAUGGAAGGUGGGCAGGUCUCACAUGAAAUCAAACAACACACUAAACGAGAAAAAGAACUUGAAUAUCCUGCUGAGGAGAAAUCUACAGAUAAUAAAGAAACCCUUCCUGUAGAUAAAACGCAGACAUUAGAAAAAAACGAAAAAGUUAAGACAUCAAGAUCCACACGGAACACAAAAGUGACAUCUGAUGAAAAGUCCCUAAAUGUAGUUAAUCUCACUGUGGAUGCAGUUAAAGAUUCCCUUCACUCUGGUGUUGAAAAACCUGUACAUUUUGAGGACUCUUUGAACAAGACCAAAGCCCCACUAUUAGAAAAAGAGGACCCAAAUAUCCCAAUUUACCACAAAGAGAAUGAUCAUAGUCCUGAGAAAAAGGAAGAGCCUCUAUCAGAACCGGAGCCUCCUUUUGAUCCUGUGGUUGCCUUGCUUGCUCGUCAAAUGGAACUGGAAAGGGCUGUGGAAAAUAUUUCAAGGCUUACAGAUGAACAACAUCCAGUACCAUACAAAGAACCACAAACUGAACCACCAACUUUAAUACCACCUGUUGUAGUACAACCAGCAGAUGAAACUGAGGUAGAAAAGCCUGCCAAUCCAGCAAGUGAAACUGAACUUGCUGCAGCAAUUGAUUCCAUUACUGCUGAAGAUAUAUCAGGUGAUGCAGAUGGAUUUUCUGCGCCAACAACAUACACAGCUCUACUUUCCACAACAGAGACACUAGUUUUGCCUGUAGCAAAUGAGGUUAAUGAACCUGAGACAGACUUGACUAUAAAGAAUUUUAUGCAGGCUGAACCAGAAAGUUCAGGUCUAGAAUCGAAGUCAUCAGAAACAAAUACCACAGAAGCUUUAACAAAAUCUCCAUUAUCAGAGGCAACCAAAAAAGGAGGACGAACACGACCAAAAACACCAAAGAAAUCUAGAGGUCGAAAGGUUUCUUUAAACAAAAAAAUUGAGAUUGCUGAGAAUACACUGUUGGAACCCAAGUCAACAACAGUCAAACUUCCAGAGUCGAUCCCAGAAGAAAUUCAGACUGCCAACCCCAAGGCAGCAACAUCCACAGCUGCAGCAGCUGUAGUCACUGUCGCUGCUGCAUGUAAACAUGAGGCUACAUCUACAGUGAUUUUGGACACACCAAAAGAGGCAGAGCAGCCUGCGGUUGACCAGCCUGAACCUCAAGAAUCAGCCUUCCACACUGGAAAUAAUAGUCCUUCAUAUUUAAGAACACAACAACCAUCUCCAGACCCUGUAGCACCUGCCCUUACUUCACCCACAACCUGCCUGAACUCACCUGCAUACUCUGCAAAGACUUCUCUCACACCACCUGAGUGGAAAACCAGGACAGAGGAGAAGGCAAUGCCACCUAAAACACAAGUUAGUGUCACUUUGUCUACAUCUGGAGUGGGGGGACCUCCAUCAAAUCCUCCCAUGCCCCCUGACACAAAAGCUUCUGAUAUUGACCCUAGCUCCAGUACAUUGCGAAAGAUUCUAAUGGAGCCAAAGUAUGUAUCUGCUUCAAAUAGCAAUGCAGUCCCAACCACACAAUUCACAACAACAUUAGCCGAUCCACGGAUGUCUGAUAAUGAAAAUUCAGUUGAGGCUCUGUUGCCUUUAAAGUCCUCUCUACGUGAAGAUAGACCUAGCCCUAUAACCCAACUUGUACCCCGUACAGUACCACCACAGCCACCUUCUUUACAACAAUGUGAGGGUCAGCAGAUCUUAAAGGAGAAACUGGCUAUAACGUCUACUGCUACUUCUGUCAUUAGUCGGAUACCUAUGCCUUUUGAUUUUGAGGAAACACCUCGUAUCUCUUUGAGCAAUCGUAGUCCUGGAAUAUCUUUACCCAAGCAAAAAUAUCGUUCAGGCAGUAAUGAAAAUAGCAGGUAUCAUGGACUUACUCUAUCUGAUGAUGUAGGAAAAGUUGGACGGCCUACUAUUGAAAGCACGCAUUGUAACAUGGGGUUAGGUAGUGGUUUAAGAGUAAAUACAUCAGAGGGUGUAGUUGUAUUGAGUUAUUCUGGACAAAAGACUCCCGGAUCACAGCGGAUCAUUGCCAAAAUUAGUCAGGUUCCACCAGCCAGUGCAGUUGAUAUUGAGUUUCAGCAAUCUGUAUCUAAAUCUCAAAUAAAACAAGAACAACCAUCACAACCCUCCACCCCAAAAGGUUCACAGACACCAACAGGUUAUGGACACACAGGAGUGUUAUUAACUGGCCAGUCCUACAAUGCUCAAACGGUUAUUUCCUCCAUUAGUCAGGAAAGUCCUAUUUCUGAAAAAUCUGAACAAUCCUACCACACCAGUCAGCAAGGAAGCUCAGUGAAAACCUUCCAGCAGGCCACUGGCAAUUCUCAACUUCUAAGGUAUAGUCAGUCAGUUACACAGCAGCAACAUAUUAAAAAAAAUGGAGCAACUGAGUCUGUUUCAAUAAAAGUUGAAAUGAAACCAUCACAGACCUUCAAUGUAAACCCAGUUUUAAGCCCACACCACCCUUCUUUAUCAGGCAAUCAUAUUUCAAGUCCAGGGGCUUCACAUGAACGAGUGAUCACACAACCGAAGCAGGAUUCACAUUCACCAAGGGCAUCAGGUCAUUCAGCUUCAAGCUUUCCGAAUGUUCGUCCUCCUAGCAACUCUGUUGUUUUGGGAUCAGCUGGCCCUAUAUCUCAGUACUCGUCAAAUGUACACCAUGCUGAGCAGUCAGUGAUAAUGCCCCCACAUAGUGUCACCCAGUCUUUGCCCUUAGGUCAUUUGUCCCAAGGAGAUGUAAGAGUCAAUAAUCCUUUAUCUGGAAUAGGUUAUGGUAUUCAUGCAUCUCCACGGUCUGGACCUCAGCAACGCCCCACUACUCCCCAGCCUGCGGUGAUCAGAGAUGUGGUUCUGAAAUCACAUGCUGGUUCAGCUGCUGGUGGCCAGAUUGGUGACAUAAGCAAUGAUGAUAUGCAGAAUCACCCACAAGGACAUCGUAGGGCAUCUGCACCCCAGAUACAGCCAGAAAGCAUGGGAAUGCAGCCUGAAUACAAAGGUCUGCAUCACCGGGCAUUGCGCUUUGAUCAGUACAGCAGAGAUGUACGGCUACUUGUGCACCAGCAUUUAGCUGACCAUCAAGGAGUUGAAAGUCGUCAAUCUCGAACACCAGACGGAAUGCAGUCUCCCUCACACAUAUUGUCUACUAAGUCCUCCCCUGUUUUAAAGACUACUCCACAAAUUGUGAGGGAUGCACCAAAACCAAUGGAGAUAAAGAUGCCGCCCUCCCCUCACUCAGAGAGCAGGAUAAUAGGACACCCACCAAGCUCUGUGAUGGUAUCUCCUCAAGGAGUACAGUUGAUUCAUCCUGGCAAUGCAAAUCACAUAUCUGAAUACUACAGAGAAAUCCGUGGUUUUCAUUCCCAAUAUCCAAGUCACUCAGUAAUUGGGGUUAAUGUGGCUAAUCGUGGAAUUGCAUCUCAGGUAUCACAAGACGUUGAUCAUGGUCAGAGGCAUAAGGCUUCUUCUGUCUCCUCCAUUGGGUCAAUGGGAGGUACUGGUGAACCAAAACAUGACAGUUCACACAUUCGACACCCGAACUCUAUGGAUUUGUCCCACAUAUCACGAGUUCAGGGUGAGACUGGAUCACCCUCUUACAUUUCUCCAGUGACUAUAACUCCCAAGUUGGACUUGCCCAUCUCUGUACAGAAGGGACCUCAUGGACAGAUUACUAACCAAAUGGCACCUCCAUCCUCAGCCUCAUCUCACGUGCGAUCAGACAUUAAACUUGAUCACACAGGGCGGUCUGUUGAUAUGGUGCAGUUGUUAACGAAAUACCCAAUUAUUUGGCAAGGUCACCUGGCAUUAAAAAAUGACAGUGCAGCAGUACAGCUGCACUUUGUGUCUGGUAACAAUGUACUGGCUCACCGCUCACUGCCACCACCAGAGGGAAGUCCCUUGCUUCGCAUUGCCCAGAGAAUGCGCUUGGAAGCAUCACAACUUGAAGGGGUUGCAAGACGGAUGACUGUUGAAAGCGAGUACUGCCUUCUGUUGGCAUUGCCUUGUGGAUUGGACCAAGAUGAUGUCCAUAACCAGACCCAUGCUCUCAAAACUGGUUUUAUCAAUUACCUGCAAGCAAAACAAGCUGCUGGAAUUAUCAACGUCCCCAACCCAGGCUCAAACCAGCCAGCCUAUGUUGUCCAGAUUUUCCCUCCCUGUGAGUUUUCCGAGGGCCACUUGUCUCAUCUUGCUCCGGACCUUCUCAAUAGCAUCUCUAGUAUCUCUCCCCAUCUUAUGAUUGUUAUCGCUUCUGUAUAAGAAGUUUGCAGCUUCUCACACAUACAGUAUGCCAACACCAGCCUUGGGAACUUGCCAGUUUUUUUACUCUGAAAAGGAACUCAUUGUAUUGAGAGUUUAUUCCCUUUUGGCCAUUUACUCACUCUCUUUUUGUUCGUUCACCAGCUUUUUAAAUCCAUUGAAACAUUGCCGCUUCCAUCUCACUGUGCACCACUUUGAAGUGCACAGAGUCAGUGGAGCUACUUACAACGAUCAAUUCUCUGAUCAUUUAUUUUAUUUUUUCUUCUUUUGGAGAUUUUUAUCUAUGGUUUUUAAAACAGUGAAUAUCUUUGAGAUUAUUAGGACAUGGGGGUUAAGUUUUCUUUCUUUUUUUAUUGAUAUUGUACUGGUUUUUUGUUUCUUUCAGUAAUCAAGAUCAGUCAUUGCACUAUGUUAUGAAAAUCAAAAAAGUGAGACAACUUUGUAUAAAUUGUUUAUUGAAGUUGUACCUUUACAUUACUACAUGGACAUGCUUCAUUCACCAGCCAUUUUGUGGUCAAGAAUAAAAAUGUUAUCUUGUCAAAGCAGUUCAUAGAAUUCCUUUGACGAUUUUUAUAAUGUAAAAAUAAUGUAAUAUAAAGCAGCUAUUGUUCAAUCAUAAGUAAACAAGUCACUUCCAUGUCAUUUAUAGAAAUGGCUCUCGAUAUAACCCUUGUUCUUUCCAAAAGGGACAAAAAUGGGAGUAUUACGAGUUGUACAGUUUACACUUGACGCCUCAAUAGGGGACUGUAUGUAUACUUUUCUGCUUUCCUCUGAACUGAUUUUAAGGCGUGACUGUAAAUAUGUAUAUAUUUAAAGACUUUCAAAGCAGUCAUUAGACAUUGCAGAUAACAAGAUUGACAACCUAUUGCCAUCAACCAUGAAAAUUAAUUGUCUGUUACCGAUUGAGUGUCUUUGUGUCCUGUGCCAUAAUCUUUUCCAUGGAGAAAACUAAAUUAAUUGAGAUUGAUCAAACUUUAUUUUGAUAUUUUGUAUUUGUGACUUGAUCUAUAAGGCCUGCUUGAUCUGUAAUUGCCUUUGUUUUAUGCUUUCUAUUCCCUACCUCUAAUUUCAUCUUUUUUUAUUGUCAUGUACGUAACUAAAGGGGGAAUCUUAACUGAUGAUGCUGCCUUUAGGACCCCUAAAAUGUAUAAUUUUGUUUCUUUCUUGGUUAUUUUUUGAACAUACCUCUGAAUGUCCAACAUGAACAGUGCAAUGCAAGUGGUAAAAUACUUUGUAAAAAGAAAAGAGAGAUAAACUAUGUAUAAAUCUGUCGGGAGACAUGUUUAGAGACCUGAUUUGGGUCUAAUUUCUUCACUGAUGUCUCUUUGAGCCAAGCUGUAUAUAAUCAUUUGUGUUGUCAUGUCUCUGUUUUUGUCAUAUGUCAGGGUCAUUGUUUUGUGAGACAAAACAAAAAUAUGUAAAGAAAACCGAUGCAGAAAGUAUAACCAUGAGUCUUAGUUUUGCAGUUUAUUUGGGUUGACUACAAAAUUUCUCAUGGUAAUUUUGAAGGCACUUACAUUUUUGAUAUACAAAAUUUAAGAUAUCAGAAUACCAAAAGAAAGAGCAAACAAAAACAGCAGAUCUUAAACUUUUGUCUUUGUUUUAUCUUAUUUCAUCAUUUUGAGUGUAUUUUGCUGUUCCUCUAUGAGGACAUUUUAAAAUGUAAAAUAAAUUUUGUUGGUUAACACUUCUGCAGAUCAUUAAAUGGUCAUUCGCUAUCUCUA